AUGGAGAGAUGUACACCUAAACGGACACGGCCCAUAAAAGAAAAACUAAGAAGCAUUUAUUUUAUAAGUAGACCGACUCAUUGGAAAAGCGAAACAUCUAUCUAUCUAUCUAUCUAUCUAUCUAUCUAUCUAUCUAUUUUUUUCUACCAUGAUUUUCAAUCAGCCAGCUCUUCUUUGUCACCAACAUCUAUUUUUCGAUUUUGUAAAAGUUCCUAUUUUUUUAAAUGUGUUUUUAAAAUUUUCCAACUUUCCUUUUUGCUUUUUCUUCCUUUCUUCUUUUCUUUUCUUUCUUUUUUCUUUCUUUUUUCUUUCUUUUUAUAUCUAACUACUAACUUCUACAAAGCAUUGUUUGUUUGUUUGUUUCUUUCUUUAUUUUUUUCUUUUUCUUUCUUUCUUUCUUUCUUUCUUUCUUUCUUUCUUUCUUUCUUUCUUUCUUUCUUUCUCAGUUGGGAACCUACACGAAAUUUACCCCCUCCCCAACCGAAACCUCCUCUGUCUGUCUGUCUAUCUAUCUAUCUAUCUAUCUAUCUAUCUAUCUAUCUAUCUAUCUAUCUAUCUGUGUCUCUGUCUCUCUCUGUUUCUUUCUUAGCUCUGCAAAAGCUAACCCUGGAUCUAUACCCUCAAAAGUCGGACUUUUUUUCUCGUCAUAAUAUGGUUAUUACAGAAGAGACUGAGAAGAAAAUGCAGCCAGAAAAAAUGGAUAAUCUUGCUAUUGGAGAGGCUCUUCGCGAUCUGAUAAUCAUCGCGAGGAACAAUGACAGGCUCACGUGUGGAGUUGCAAGUUCUGCUAAACUUCUUGAAAUGAAUUCAGAUGUGGUCAUGAUGUGCAUUCUCCCCGUAGACCCCAACCAACCUGUCACAGUUGCAAUUCAGCAAACCCUAAUUGAGGCAUUUUGCUGGGAACGAGAGAUCUGCCUCAUGAAAGUUGACAGUACAGAAAAACUGGCCAGUCUCGUAAGAGCUGAUGAUUCCAAUGGCAAUGAACAAGAUUACAAAGAUUAUUGCUGUGUACUUGUUCAGUGUCCAAGCGAGUCUAACACUAGCCAACCAGACAAAAUGAUAGCAAAAUACUAUAAUCUCUAUAUGAAUGGUAGUUCAAAUCGACCAAUCAUCGAACUCCCUGGCUGA